AUGCUAAAAAAGAUUACUUAUGGAUGUUAGAUUUCGUUGUCUUUAUGCAGUGAAAAUGAGUCCUACCUUUCAACUGAUUAACUUAAUGAUAAUUUAUUGGUUCAUAAGGUCACUCAUCAAAAUGAGAUUCUAAACAUUGAUAAAUGCAUUUUUAUGAUAAUACCUGUUCUCAAUCAUUUUUGGGUUGGUAAAUUAGUAGAGCUAGUUAAAAAUGACAUUGACAAAGAAAUCAAUAAAAAGGGUAGUGUAAUUGAGCAUGAUAGAAUCCACAAUUCAAUCUAGACAAUAGACUAUAAAAUCUUAUGAAAACAAUCUUGAUGAAGAGAUGAUGGCCAAUAUUUCAUGUUUCCAAAAACUACAGGACACUUCAUUACUUUUUGGAACAUCGACUUUUCAUUUGAUUCACAAAGACUCUCUUCGAUUUGUUAUGAUUAAUCAAGAAUCAGUUUAAUUGGUUGAAUUUCCAUCUGACUACACAGUAUUACAUUUCCAACCAGUUUAUUAAUAUCAGAAAUAGAUCUCUUGCAUUUUAGAUUAAGAAACUGUAACUCUUUGUGCUGCAAAAUCAAUAUAAAAUAGAAAAUGUUAUUUAAGAUUAAUUUCUAAAGAUUAAGCAGACUAAGUAUCCUCAACAUAAAAUAAUCCAACUUAUUUAAAAAUGAAUUUAUAUAGUAGUUUAUAAGAAAAUGAGGAUUUAUUAUAUGCAGGAGAUUUGAUUGCAAUAAAUCUAAGUGAAACAAAUGUACACCAUUUAUAAUAUUAUUUAAGUUAUUUUUAAAUGCCAAAUAACCAUAUGAUACAUUUCAUGAAAUAGCUGAAUACUAAAUAUAAAGAUUAUAAAAUUAAUUAACUUCAUUAACUCUUACUAAAAUAAUCUAUGAAGAUCUCAAAGUAACAUUUGAUGAUGUAAUUGAAAGAAUAGGUAUGAAGAGAAUUUAGAAACUAUAAAGUAGUUCAUAUUGGAAAAUAGAAAAAACAAAUGGAUAGGGAGGAUAAAUUUAAUUUUAUUAAUUAGUUAGAUUUAAACAUAAUUAAUCUUCUAGAUAUUUAGAAUUAUUGAAUGGUGAUCCUAUUUUAACAAAUUAAUUAAGUAAACUCUCAUUAUUUAUUUUAAUACCUAUUGAUGAAGGUUAAAAAUUAUUAAAAAAGGAUUCUUAUUUUAAAAUUUAACAUUAUUAAUCAGGUAUUUAUUUGGAAGAUUAAAAAAAUAAAUAAGAAAAUAGAAAUAUAAAUAUUUUAAGAUUAAGAAAGAUAGGAGAAUAUGAAGAUAAUGAAACUAAAUUACUUUAAUAUUCUGUUAAAAUAUUUAUAGAGGCUAUAGAAUUAUUAUAAGAUAUUAAUGAUUAAGAAAUAAAAUGUUCUGAAUUUGAUAUUAAAAAUAAAGAAGGUGAGAUUAGAUUAAAAAUUUAAUUUUAUUUUAUAUAUUAAAAAGUUAAGCAAAUAUUAAUUUAUGUUAGUGAUUUUUUAAUGAAUAAAUUAAUUUCUAAUUUAUCACCUAAUCAAAAAUAUAAUCAAAUCUCAUUUAUUAGAUAAGAUGUAAUAAUUAAAAUUUAAUUUAUUAUAGUCAUUUAGAUAAGAACCAUUAUUUCCUCUAAUUUGUUUAUUGUUUUAAAUGCUUAAACCAGAAUUGGUUGAUUAAAUUUCUUAAAAUGAUAAAGAUUAUUUUGAAAAAGAAGAAAAAUUCUAUUAAAUUACAAAAACAAUAAAUAGAGCUGAUAGAGAUGAAGGAAGAAUUAUGUAUUAUUAUACUUUAUAACUUAAAAUUCUCUAAGUAUAAUUAAUUGAAACAAUUAACAUUGUAUAUAAUUAUUAAUAUAUAUUAAUAGAUUUGUAAAGACAAUAUUGAAAAUUAGAAUUGUUUGUUUUAAUUUCUACCUAUACUUCAUAAACAUAUAAUACUAUAUCCUGAAUUUAUAACAAUUUUAAUUAAUCUUGUUUGUAAAAAUAGAUUUUUUCUAGAAGAUCUUUCUAAAAUUAGAAAAAGUAAUAUAUAUAUUUAUUUAAUUAAUAUUAGUUUCAUCCAAAAAACCUAAUAAAAAUAUAUUUAUUCUUGAAUGGUUGACAGAAAAAGUCUCUUUAAAUUCUAAUGCUAAAACUGAAAUCCCUUUUAGUCAAAAAACAGAAAUUUUACAUUUAUUAGCUACAUGUUGUUCAUUUGGAGUAGAAGCUAUAUUUGCAAAUUAAGAAAUGAUUUUUAAAACAUUGAUUAAUAAAAAAAAGAAUAUUACAUUAAUGAAAUGUAUAGUAGAUGAAGAAAAGAAUAUUAUUGUUACUUGUAAUGGUAAAAUGGGACCUGUUUCUAUUAGAUUUGAAGCAUAUUUUGAACAUACUCAUAAAAAUUCAAAUCCUCAUUUUUAAGAAGAACUUAAUUUCUUAAAGGCACAAUUCUUUUUAUAUUCUUAAUUAUGUUUAUAAAGAAAUUAUGAUUCAAUUAAAUAUUUUGGAGAUCAAUUUAGUGAUAAUUCACUUGUUCCUUUAUUAAAUAAUAAUAUAAUUGAUCCAGAAUUAAGAGCACAUUUAAUUGCUCUUUGUAAAAACAUUUACUUAGAUAGGGAUCCUUUAAUUUCUCAAGUAAAACCAACUCUUAUUAGAGUGAAUAUUAAUAAUAGUUAAACAUUUUUUGAUAAUAUGUUUUAUGAGGAUGAAGAUGGAAUUUUUGAUAAGGUAGAAUUAGAAACUAAAUCUUUAUAUUAUGUAAUAAUACAAUUUAAAGAGAUAUUAAGUUCUUAUUUAAAGUAAAUGGUUAACAAUCUUAAUGAAUAAUAACCAUUAAAAGUAUAUAAUCUACUUACUUUACAAAUUAUGAGAAUUUUAUUUAUGUUAUUACAAUUUGGAUGGUUUUCUAAAUAGAAUGAUGAAAUGACAAAAUAUAGAAUAGAUGAUUCUAAAGAGAUUGAAUUUGUAUUAGAAAGAUUAAUAUAACAAUUAUCAUUAUUACUUGAAUAUGAUUUUGAUUAUUAGAAGGCACAUUCAAAAUUAAAAUAAAAGAAUGUAAAUGAAAAAUUAGCAAAAAUUAUUUAAAUUUAAUCAUUAAAUUUUUUUAGAAAAAGAGAAAAGAAAAUAAUCAAUAAAAAUAGUAUUGAAACUAUUCGAGAUCCUCUUUUAAGAAAAUUAUAAAAUGUUAAGAGAGUUUUGAAUAGAUUUUAUAAUAAAACAUUUAGUGCAUAAACUAAUACUUCAGAUUAUGAAAUAGAAAUAAAGAUAGAGAUAUGUAAAAUAUUUUAAUAUCUUUUGGAUAUGAGAUUAGAUUUUAUGAUUGAUAAUGCAAUUGCUUUUUUCACUAAUAUAUUCUUACCUUCUGUUUCUAAGAAAUUCAUACAUUCUGAAAAAUAAUAAUUACAUGAUUCUGCUGAUAAUAAAUCUAAUCUAUAAAAUCAUACAGUAUAUUAUAAAAAGAAAUAUUUAACUUCAUUAUAAGGAUUAUUAAGAGAAGAUCUUCUAAAACCAGGAUAAAAAAAGUUUUAAUAAAGAUUAAUUAAGGAUUAUGUAUAAAUUAAUAGAAUUAGACAUUUUGAUAAAAUUAUUGAUAGACCAUUUAUAGAAGUAUUAUUGAAAGGAUUCUACUUUGCAAAUGAUCAUGUCUUAUAAAAUCAUAUUGUAGAAUUAAUUGAAAGAUUUUAAAAUUAAAGAUCUGAAUUUUGUAAUUACUUAAAAUAAAUAUAAAUAAUAAUGACAAAUAAUUUAUAGAUCAUUUAUAGAACUAUGUAUAUUUUAGUUUAAAAGUUAAAAAACAAUGUAUAGAAUUCUUAAAUUUGGUUACGUUUAGAUAUUCCAAUAGCAUUGAAUGAAAAGAAUGAGGAAACAAUUGAAAAAGUAUUAGAGAAAUUAGUUGAAAUAUAUACAAUAAUAUCUAAAAAUGAAGCAAAUGAGAAAUCAGUUAGAAAAAUAUUCUUAAAUUGUGGUGGUUAUUAAGUGGUUCAUUAAUUAAUAGUUAAAUGUUUAUCAGUAAUUGAUGUAAAUUUGGAUAUCUUUGAAUGUAGUUUUGAAUUAAUUGAUUAUGAUGAAUAAAAAUAAUAUUAAUAAGAAUUGGUUGAAAAAAUUCUAUCCAUUUUUUAAGCAUGUCUUAGAUUAAUAGGAUUAUCAGUCAGAAAUGAUUAAUAAAAUUAAGAGUAAUUUUAUAUAAUAUAUUAUAGAUUUGUACUUAUUAAAUUAGCAAGACCAUUAUUAAGAUAUAAUAUGGUGAAUUUAGGUUAAAUAGAAUUAAUAAAUGAAUUAUUUUCAAAUAAUCAAAAUUUAUUACCUUUAGUUAAUUCAAAUGAUUUAUAUUAGUUAUUAGAAUAUGUCAAACUUUAUGGAAAAUAUUAAUCAUUUAUAGAACUUUUUACAUCAAUAGUAAGAAAUAAAUAGUGUUAAUCUCUCUACAAAGAUAUUUAUUAGGCUUUAAUUUAAUGUGAAUCAAAAGACAUCAAUGUAUAUCUAAUUCAAUUAUAUUAUUCAGCCAUUUUAAGAAAAUUUUAAUUUUUAGAAGUUCUAUCCAAAUUAACCAAAUAUUGAGGAAUUUAGAUAGAGUUUCCUUAAAAUAAUUGAAGUUGUUUUAAUUCAUGAUGAUAGAGCAGCCUUAUCAGUAAAAAUGCUUGAAGUACUAGAUUUUACUGAUUUGACAUCAUAUUUUUUAGAAAAGACAUAGGAAAUGAGAAAUACUAAUUUAGAUUUAGAAUUAUAGGAUAGUAUAACAAAAGUAAUAUGUAUAAAAUUUUAUUAGAUUAAAUUUGUUAUUUGCAGAAUAAUAUUUACUUUAUCAAAGAAAAAGAAAAAGUUAUUGUUAAUUCAUGAAAAUUACUUUUUACAAAUUAUCAGUAUUGAAGCAUCAUGGCUUGAAUAAUAAGAUUAUUUAUAAGUUUCUGCUAAGAAUUAUAUUGUUGAAGCAUUAUUACCUUUAAUAAAUACCUAUAAUGAAUAUGCAAAUAAGAAAAAUUCAUUCAAAACAGAUAUAAUUUAAAUUAGAAGUUAUGCUUUAAGUGUUCUUAAACAAUAUUCUUAAUUAACUAAAAAUAGUGAUACUUAAACUAAAUAUUAAGUACAUAGAUUGAUAAAAGCUUUUGAUAUGAAACUUCCAGAUGAAAAAAGUGAAUCAGAUUCAGAUUAAGAAGGAUUGAUGAGUGAUAUAAAUGGAGAGACAUUUAAAACUGAAAAAUUUGAAGAAUAUUAAAUUACAGAAGGAAGUGAUGAAUCAGAUUAAGGAUGUAAUGAUUUAGAAUUAUGGGAAUUUUUUAAAAAAUUAUUUGAAAAUAAUCCAAAAAUAAAGGAAUGGACUGAAACUGAUUAAUUAGCAUAAUCAAUAUGGUAUGUAAGUGAUAUGUUUACAAAUGAUUUUUGGUAAGAUAAAGAAAAAAGAGAAUUAAUUCUAACAAAUGAUGAUAUACUCCAUAAGAUUUUAGCUUUUUUAUAAUUUUGGAAAUCAAAUAAAGCAUCUAAAUAAAGUGCUAUAUUUGCAAUAAAAUUGUUAAUAUAAAUAAUAAAAAUUGAUGGAAAUAGAAUUUAAAUACUUGAUUAAUUAGGAGGAACAAAAGUAAUUUUAACAUUAAUAUGGGAAGAGAAUGAAAGUGAAAAUGAUUACAUAAUUUAAUUAUUAAUUUUAAUUAAAGGACUCUUGAUUUGUAAGUAAGUUUAAAAAACAACCUUAACUUUUUUAAGUCUUGCUAUUUCAAGUGAUAAAUUCUUUUAGAAAAUGGAAAUGCUUUUGACAAUAGAAUAGGAUUAAAAAAUAUGUACUUUAGUUUUAGAAAUAAUGGAAUUGAUGUGUAAUGAUAAUAAUAAAGAAUUACAAAAUUUGAUUCGUUAUUAAAAGAAUAAUAAAAAGUCAUAUGAUCUUGUUUAAUAGACUAUUAACUAUUUAUGUUCUUUAGAUAUUAAAAAUAAUUAUGAGUAAUUAAUUUAAUGUUUAAAAACAUUAAAAUCUUAAGCAUAUGCAUGUAGGCCAAAUUAAACAUUAGUUGCUAAUUCUAAAUUUGUUGAAUUCUCUAUCAAAGUUUUAAAUGAUUCAUCAUUAAAAUCAUAAUUAGAUGAUAUUUAAAUUAAUUAAUUAAAACAUUAAUGUUUAAUUAUCCUAUUAGUAGUAGCUGAAAUUAAUACUAAAGAUGAUUAUAUUGUAUAUAAAUUAAAGAAAAUAGUACCUAAAACAGUUUUAAUAUAACAUUUUGUUAAUGUAUAUCAUUAAAUGAUAAAUUAUUUUGGUGAUGACAAUUAUUCUAAAUUAAUAUUUGAAAAUUAACCAAAUUUUAUAAUGGAAAGUGGAUUUAAUGCUUAUAUUUUAUAUGUCAUCCUAUCAGAACUUAAUUAUGUUGUUGAAGAUUUGGAAGAAUUUAAAAAAAAUGAAGAUGAAGGAUAAUUAGUCUAAGAUUUUUUAAGAGAUAAUAUUUUAAAUGAACUUUCAAGAUUAGGAUAAUCUUUGAUGAAACAUGGAUUAGAAUAAUUAAAUCAAAUAAAAUAAUAAUUUAGUGGAUAAGUUGAAGAAAAAAUGAAUAUAAUAAAAAAGCAUGAAAUGAUCCACAAAGCAUUUCAAUUUUAUAAAUUAAAUACAUUAUAAGUUGAAUUUGUAUUAGAUGAUGUACUUUACCUAACUUAUUUUCCUAAAUUGCCAUGUUUCUACUUAUUAAGAUAAGAAAUUAAAAAAAAAUUCUUAGAUCAAGCAGAUAGAACAAGUACUAAAACUAAAAUAAUCAGUCUCGUUAACUUUGUUGAUUCAGCCUAUAAAUUUAUGCUUCAUUAAGAAUCUCUAAGAGAUUACUUUAAAAACCAUAAAUUCUUAGAGAUUCUUGCUAGAAGAGGUAAAUUAUGGAUGUAACUUGCUUUCUAUAAUGGAUUCUUUAUAAAUUUAAUCAUAAUCUUAAGUUAUACUUAAUUAGCAUUUCCACCAGGAUAUAAACCAAAUGAUCCUGAUGUAAUUUAAUAUUAUAGAUUAAAUGAACCAAGAUUCUUAGAAGAUUAUAAUAACACAAAUACUAAAUAUUAUUUAAUGACAUUAGCAUAUUUAAAUCUUGCUAUAAAGUAAUAUAUUUAUAUUUAUAACUUUUAGUUUCAUGGUUUUGUUUUUUUAUCUCAUUGACAAAGCCCCUGUUAAAUUAUAAUUUGUUUGGAAUGCUUGGCAUGCUUCUUCAUUAAUUGGACACAUGAUUUCUGGUUUAAUAAAGGUGAUUAUCUCAAUCAUUGUUUUAGUCAUUGAUUUCGACAUCAUAUACUAUAUUCUUUAGAUAGCUUUUAAUAUAAUUGGAAUAACAAUUCAUCCAUUUUUUUUAGCAUUUCAUUUAAUACAUAUUCUAUAUUUGGAACCACUAAUACCAAUAUUAAAAGCUGUAUGGUUAGCUAAAUUUAAAUUUAUUGGAUUAUGGUUUACAAUUGUAUUAUUUGAAUAUUGGGUAGCCUUAAUAUCUUAUGUAUACUUUUUUGAAUUUUUUAUUACUGAUAAGAAUAAGAAUCUUUGCAAUCAUUUAUGGUAAUGUGUAUAUGUAACUUUUGAUUGGACAUUUAAAACAGAUGGAUCUGUUGGAGGUAGGUUUAUGGAAAAUAUAGGAGAAUAGGCUGAGGAAAUGUAUAUGAAUAAUCUCAAUAAUUAUUAUGGAAGAUUCUUUUAUGAUAAUAUCAUAAAUAUAAUCAUAAAACUAUGUAUCAUUAAUAUUCUUUUGGCUGUCAUUAUUAUUUCAUACUCAGAAUUGAGAUCAGUUCAAAAAUAAAAGGAGAAGGAUUAAAAUCAUAAAUGUUUCAUUUGUGGAAUUGAUAGAUUAGUAUUUGAUAAAACAAGUCAAAAUACAGGAUUUUGGCAUCAUAUUAAAGUUGAACACAAUAUUUGGAAUUAUUUAUUCUAUAUGUGCUAUUUAAGAAUGAAACAAUCAAAUUUUAAUAAUGGUGUUGAUAAUUAUAUUAGAGCAAAAUAAAUGGCUAGUGAUUAUUCCUGGUUUCCAAUUAGAAGAGCAAAAGCAUUAUCUGUUAAAUUGUAAAUGAUUGAAAGUGCCAAAUAAAAAGUAUAUUCUUAUAUUAUUAUAAGAAUACAUCUUCAAAGUCUAAACUAAUCUGUAUGCUACAUUCCUUAAGAAGACUAGUUUGGAUUCAUAAAUAAUUCUGA